GGGCGUUAAAUUUUAAACAAUAUUCUCAAUGAUAUUCACUGCAUGCAAGUCAUGUUUUAUUUUUCCCAGGUAUCCAUGGUAGCCGACUGGACCUACAGUGAGUUGGAGAGCUACGCAGGACAGAAGAGAACUGGCCUCGGGCUCUAACUAGGAAAGAUCACAUCAAAUGGGUGGGAAGUCAUCCAAAGUGACUCCAAAGAGAGUUGUUCCUGGUGAGAGUGAGCAGGGACAGAGGAGACAUCAACCAUCACACCAAAGCAACUCACUCAACAAUAGUCAGACCUUUGGAGACUCGUCACAAUCGACUAACUAUGGCAGACAGGAGUCUGGUAACAGUGGCUCAUUGAUUGCCAGAAAUGGAGGGGGAGGCCAUUCUCGUCCUGACAGCCAAAGGUCCAAGAGACCGAUGAGUCAAAUGUCUCGCUACAGUGGGAAAGUUGGUCUUAAUCAAGGUCAGUCUCGAGGAGGCUCAAGAGGAUAUGGAAGACCUGAUGGAAGACUCAAGGAUAACUUCCAACCAACUAGAGUCGACCCAUUCACACCAAGAGAUCUAGUAACUUCAUUCAGAUCAAACUUUGCUAGCAGGACCACAAGUCAUCAUCAGCCACCUGAUCUUCAGCCUUGCGAGCAAAGCAGUUUAGACAACAAUGAAGGAACCUCCUACCUAAUGAGGAUUAAUAAAAGUGAUGAUGAGCCUCAAGGACCUGUGACUGCUUGCCCAACAUGCAACUCAAAGUAUAGGAGCAUUGUCCACGUUCCUUACCUCUUGCUCUGUGGACACACGUUCUGCAGCAGUUGUAUUGAGCAAGCUCUCAAAUUUGAUCCACCAUCUCUAAAAUGUGGAUACUGCUUCAUUAAGACUCCAGUUGAGCCUCAGAGCAGAGUUGAGGAUUUUGUAAGGAACGAAGCAAUUUUAGAUCUUAUUGAGAGCAAAGAGUUCAUUACUACAAUUGGUAGCUCUCAGAGUGACCGUUGUGCUGAAUGUGAGCGAAACCUUGCUGUGAAGUACUGCAGUGAAUGCUCUGCAUCAUAUUGUGAGGCAUGCAAUAAACAGCAGCACACAGGAUCAAAGGUACGAGCUAGACACAAACCAAUUCCCAUUAGUCUUAAACCGAAACCUCAACCAACGUGCAAAAAGCAUCCAGGACAGAGUUGCGUGUUGUACUGCGAAACGGAGCACCUGCCCAUGUGUGUUCUAUGUAAAUUUUAUGGAGAGCACAAGUUCCAUAACUAUCAGUUGCUGAACAAUUCUGCCUCAGCCUAUAGGAACACACUGUCAAUGAAACUGACUGAGAUUAAUAAGAUGGAAGAGAGACUGUCACAGGUAGCCCAAACACAAUCGAAUUUAAAGGAAGACAUUAGAAACAAAGCAAUGGAAGCACAAGAAAAACUAGAGAAACACUUUGCAGAAACAAGGAAGGAGACAAUGGCUGCCUUAGAGCAUCGUGAAGCAACAUUGCUUUGUCUUCUUGACAGACAAGUAGAAGUGCAGGAGAUGAUACUUGAGGAACAAAGACUAGAACUAGCAUCAGCUAGAUCAAGAGCAAUAGCAGCAAAGGAAGAAGUUACAAAACUGUUAGAUCUCAAUUCUAUAUCUGCUAUACUCGCUCGAAAGCAUGUCGACAAUGCGUUGGAUUCUACUUUGAAGCAAACCUCAUUAUUUCCUGAUGUUGGAGAUGACUCAAGGAAUAGCAUACAGCUCAUACCACUUGGUCUGCGUCCGAAACAAGAGAUAACGUCAAAACUACAGCAAGUUUUAAAUCAACAUGGAAUAAUACUCCAACUUCCUGAGAGACUCCUCAUAACUGAAGCCAAAAUACAUUCCAAGUCCAUUACAAUAAGAUGGGAAGUUCCUGAUCAAAGCCUUGAAGUGACGGAUGAUAGGACUCGAAGUUUCUCCCUCCACUGCUUUGCUGAUGUUCCAUUAAAAUUUAAGAGAGAGAAACUUCAAAACUUUCACAACCGACGAUUGUUGAAUGUCAAAUCAAAUUCGCCAGGCCUCUCGUCACAUGACAGUGGAUACCAAGAUUGCAGCAGUGAUACAAUGUCCCAGACCAGUAAUGGACGACUACCAUUGAUACCGCUAUCAAUGAGAUCUAGUAGUAAUCAAAAUGUAUCAAUAUUAAAGCAGCAGCAACAACUCCUACCAAAUAAUGGGGACUCACAAGUCUUACCAGAAGGAUCUAACCCUAGCACUCCAGUAAUGCAGCAGGUUAAAGGGCAACCAGUCCUAAAGCCUCAGUCUGUGAAACUAGCACAAUCCACAGCAGCUGCUCGAGCUUCAGGUGCUCUUCUAAAACUGCCUGCUCUGCUAACAAAAACUACUGAGGAUGAUCCAGAGAGUCCCUCAGACUCUGAGACUGAUGAUCCACAAUGCAUGUCUAAUGGCAGUGCAGAAACAGAGGAAGCAUCACACCUGAUCCAUGUAGCCCCGAGCAAUGCAAUGACAGCAACCAACUCUCAGAGCAAUAGCUGCUCCAGUAGUAGCACAAACAUAUCCACAGAGCCUGAUAAUAAUGAUGGGGUCAACAUAGGGCAGUGCAAUAAAGGAUACAAGUUUGAAGAAAUAUAUGCUGGACCAGCAAACAGUUUCACAUACUCUGGUGUAGUGGGAGGUGCAACCUAUUACUUUCGUGUUAGAUGCUCCAAUGCUAUUGGUGAAGGACCAUGGAGUGAUACAUUCAAAUGCAAGAUACAAGCAACAGGUGUAUCCAAAAAGACUUAAUUAUCAUUCAUAACAAGAAAAUUACGUUUUUUGUGUGUAUUAAAAAUUAUUGUUACAGUUGUAAUUUAAACCAACACUAA